UUGAUGGAGUUCAUAUCCUUCAUAAAUGACAGCUGCAUGUUCAGCAUUUACUGAUGCUGAUAUAUUUCUCUUACAAACCCGCCUUGAUUACAGCGCUGCUGUGCUUUUCAUUAAACCUCAUGACAUUGCUUGACAAGUAGUUUUCAUUUCUGUACUGAUGAAUUUAUGAAAGUUUAAAAGCUGUUCUGUUUGAGUAAAAGUCAAAGGUUGUAUUAUAUUUAAUAAAAAUAUAAACAGAUCAGUUUAAUAAAAAAAAAAAAAGGAUUUUCAGCAUGCACAUCUUCAACAUGUUUGCAUGAUGUAUUAAUUUGUCAUGGGCUCACUGCACUCACUGGAGAAAACCUGUCUCUGCGUCUGCUGUAUGGCAAACAUUAUCACUCCAGUGUAAAUCUAUUUCAGUAUUUUUGUUUAAAUAUCAUGAGUGUAUGUGCAAGAUUAAAUGCUGAAGGACAAUGCAGAGCCAGAGCCAGAGAAGCACAGAACAGACAGAAGAAUGAACACAAAAUGAACCAAAAGUGUGUAUUUGCAAGACGAGAGGUUGAUAGAAUAGAGCAAUGCUUGGCUGAAGAAGAGAAGGACGGAACCGUAGCUCGACGUGUUCUGUUAUAGUGGUGCACCACACGGGAGUCGAACCCACAACCUCGCGGUCUUCAGUGUGUCGAUCCGCUCCGAGCCAAACACGGCUCCGUGUGAGAAGCCACACGAUCGCACAACAUGAGGAGAUGGACAGAGUGCAUUCAAAAGAGUCGUCAGGUUUAAAGACAGCAGGAUGGAUGACGUUUGGCUGGUGGAUUUCUAUGCUCCGUGGUGUGGAUACUGUAAGAAGCUGGAGCCGAUCUGGCAGGAGGUGGGAGCGGAGCUGACGCGCUCGGGGUCGCCGGUCCGAGUCGGAAAGAUGGACGGCACGGCAUACUCAGGUGUGGCGUCAGAGUUCGGCGUGCGAGGAUAUCCCACCAUUAAACUGCUGAAGGGGGAGCUGGCAUAUAAUUACAAGGGACCAAGAACCAAAGAUGACGUAAUCGAGUUUGCCAACAGAGUGUCUGGGCCAGCCGUGCGGUCGCUGCCCAGCAGACAGAUGUUUGAGCACGUCUUGAAGAGGCACAGCGUGUUGUUUCUGUAUGUCGGAGGCGAGUCUCCUCUGAAAGAGAAGUACACAGAGGUGGCGUCUGAGCUCAUUGUGUACACCUAUUUCUUCUCUGCGUCUGAAGACGUCUUACCAGAGUCUGUACCUUUGCAUGAAUUGCCUUCAGUGGUCGUCUUCAAAGAUGGAACCUAUUUCACAUACGAUGAGUAUGAAGACAGCAGCUUGUCGUCCUGGGUGAACCGAGAGCGGUUCCAGAGCUACCUGCCGAUCGAUGGAUUCACGCUGUAUGAGCUGGGAGAGACCGGUAAACUGGUGGCGAUUGCAGUUACUGAUGAGAAAGAUUCGACAGAGCGAAGCAGCAGGUUGAAAGGUCUGAUCCAGAGAGUAGCUGCUGAACACCGAGAUCAGUUCAACAGAGAUUUCCAGUUCGGCCACAUGGAUGGAAACGACUACAUCAACAGCCUCAUAAUGGGCGAGGUGUCUGUGCCUAGCAUCAUCAUCCUCAACACCUCAAACGAGCAGUACUUUGUGCCGGCGGAGCCUGUGGAGGAUCUUCAACAGCUGCUCCAGUUCUUCAGCAGCGUUCUGGACGGCAGCGCUCCGGCGUAUGGAGGAGACGGGAUUCUCCAGAGGAUCAAGCGUGUGGCGUAUGAUGCCAGAUCCACUGUAAUGUCAGUGUUCCGCAGCUCUCCGCUGCUCGGCUGCUUUCUCUUCGGUCUGCCGCUAGGCGUCAUCAGCCUCAUGUGCUACGGCAUCUGCAUGGCCGAGUCUGACGACGACACGGAGCUGAUGAAGAGAGACGGCUUCACGGACGAGGAAGAGGAGGAGGGCGAGGAGGAAGAGCAGCAGCGGCUGACGGCCGGAGCAGAGGGAGAGGAGGACGAAGACGCAGAAAAGAUCGAGCAAAAGAGUCCAACUGAAAAAAAGGUGGAUUAAUGAGAAACGAAGGCCUCCGAAGAGGAAACCAUGGCCUAGAGUCUCCUCACUGGUUUUCAUUGGAUUAUUCGUUUUCUAAUUCAUUAUUUUCAGAAUUGCUCCACCAAAAGUCUUGUUUCUGAAAUCUUCAAGACCAGUCAUGGAGCUCCGCAUGUGACUGUAUUGAGUUACAAAAGCACAUAGACUGUUUUAAAGUGAGCGACAGCUUAUUAAUAAUCAUUUCUGUUAUAAUGUGUCCUUAUGAGCCAUUCUGGAUGGUCUCUCAAUGGACACACGUCCUACUUUUUAAAACAUUUUUGGAUGAGAAAGUGCAGUUAUUGUUGCAUCAGAGACUUGAUCUCCAGAGAUUGUCUUACAUGAGAUGCAUUACAUUAUCAAAACAUAAUGACUGCACACAGAUGCUUUUCUCGUGCUUGCUGCACAGACGUGACCUGACCGAAUGUAGAAGUCUAGUUAUUCUAGUAUGGAUUUGGUAAGAGUGUGAAAUGAUGAACGAAGGCUUGGGCUUUAUUAAAUGCACUGAACACAUUCACAUACACACAGCUUUAGGUUCCGUAGAUUUUUUUUUUAUUUUGAACUAGGUAGUGUUGAUCCUGGAGAUCCUUCUGUAGGGUGCUAUUUAACAUUUUAUAGCAGGUAGAGUCAGUGUAUGUGUUUUACAGAUAUAAAGGCUUUAUGUGUCACCGCUUCUCAGCAUCAGUUACCAAAAUGUCCUCAGAAACUGUUAUUGCAUUCAUGAAAAAGGAAAGUGAAGACGCAGGACUUUUAUUUAGAUUCUCAAAACUACAGCGAAUCACUGUAAACGGCUGUAAAAGUCUGUGACCGGAGACGUUUGCUCGUGAUGAACUGUUUUAUUGAGCUUCAGAUCAGCAGAUCUCAGACACAGUUACUAGACGGCGUUUCCAGUUUGAGCCAAAGCUGUCGUUACGCAAGAACAUCCACGAGUAUUUAAGAGCUCGCGCUGGAUUGUAAUGGAGAAACGUUGCUAACCUUGCCUUCACAUUCCCCUCCUGAUGCCUGUUACUGUAAUGAUUCUCUUAUUUUAACACACAACAUGUCUUACCGUUUCUGCUUUGUUCAUUAAAUGUUUCUUUGUCUCUCUCUCUCUCUCUCUCGUUCUGCAUUCUUCCCUUACAUCAAUAUCAUGCUAAAGUAGACUUUGACUAGAUUUCGUUCAGUUUUUGUAUGUGAUUACAUAUUGUUUAGGUGUUAGUGGGGUAAGAUUGUUUGUCACGUCCAAAUAUUUAUGAAGGGCCUAUCAUGAAUAGCAAAGUUCUGCCAAAAACGAUGCCGUAAUGAUUACAAUCAAUAAAGAAGUCCAUGUUUGACACA